AUGAGGAUGGAAAGAUAAUGGCCCUCACUGAACAGGGUGUCUGGACAUUCACAAUUAUCAAUUUGUGUCCUUUUAUGAUGCAUUCUGACAAAACAACACCUGAAGAAGAGAGACUGGACAGUAAAAAGAUCGCAUGUGAUUUUUGGACCUUUCUCUGAAGCAACAUGAUUUACUGAAGAGGGUGGUAACUGAGCCCAGUUUACCAGAUUACUGGAUCGCAUCUACAGUACAUGGGAGAAUUACUGGAUACUUCUGAGGUGUAUGUGCGCACAGAGAUGUCGUAACUCUACAUGAACCGUGAUAGAUAAAUAGUACUUUAAUGGACAGUGCUUGGAGAUUUCAGCUCAGUUGGAAGACACACGGGCAGCAAUAAUACCACACCGCAAACACAGAGAAAAGCCGGCGCCGGCGAUCUGUGCGUCUCUGCAAUAAGUGGCUGAUAAAAAGCAAUAAAUUCCCUAAAAUAAACACAGCCAUCCGGUUGUGCGCCAUGGGCGACGAGGCGUCAAACUUCAGGAGAAGCAGCAGGAACGGUGUCUCAUCACCAAAAUCCAGGGCUGGUGAGGAUAACGGCAGAGCAGAGAUUCUGGGCUAAAUUAAACCCGAUCACCAAUAAAACAAUGAGAUUAUUGAUUUUCGGAUGACUUGUCAGACCACUGUGACAGUUCUUGAUGGUAUUCAGAAAACAAGAUUCAGAUCUGGGCUGUACUGGACUUGGCCACUUUGAUUUGUUCGCUCAGAGAUCAAAUGGGAAAUGUGGACAUUGUUUUGUGCUUGAAAUAAACGACUACAGCCAUAUUAUUUAACCAAUAAGUUUUUAAAAAGGGAUUUUCAAUUUUUUUGCACUAUGAUGGAACCACCACCGUGCUCGAAGAAAAGCCUGUCCCUGUCGCUCCCGGUUCACCGGGAAGGACAGGCGACUCUGAAGCCUCCGCAGCAUCUUUGGAGGCAACCACGCACCCCGAUCAAAAUCAAACACCGGGGGUACUCCGACACCGAUAGGCAUCACCAGCGGCACAUGGAGCGCUCCGACGCCGUGGAUACGAGCGACCGACCAGGACUGAAAAAGUCUCGGAUGUCUUGGCCAUCCUCUUUCCACGGGACCACAAACACAUCCAUCGGAAAUAGUGCCGGGAAUAAACGCUUUGAUUCGGAGAAUGGUCCCUCACCAGGCCGCAGUCCCAUGGAUUCGCAGGCGAGUCCUGGGUUGGUGCUCCAUCCUUCUUUCCCCCAGAGUCAGCGCAGGGAGUCCUUCCUGUACCGCUCAGACUCAGACUAUGACACAUCCCCCAAAACCAUGUCACGCAACUCCUCCAUCAACAGUGAGGGGCAUGCCGAAGACAUGAUCGUCACCCCUUUCGCUCAGGUGUUGGCCAGCCUACGAACUGUAAGAAGCAACUUCACCAUCCUCGCCAAUGUCACAACACCCACUAACAAGAGGUCACCAGUGACAAGCCAACCCACUGUUCCCCAAGCUACGCUCUCUGAGGAGACAUACCAGCAGAUGGCUCGGGAGACUCUGGAGGAGCUGGACUGGUGUCUGGACCAGCUGGAGACCAUUCAGACCCAUCGCUCAGUCAGUGAGAUGGCCUCCAACAAGUUCAAGAGGAUGCUGAACAGGGAGCUUUCCCAUUUGUCAGAAAUGAGUCGCUCAGGGAACCAGGUGUCAGAAUACAUCUCCACUACCUUUCUAGAUAAGCAGAAUGAGGUUGAGAUCCCAUCCCCGACCUUGAGGGAGAGGGAGAAGCCCAUGUGUCACAUUAGUGGUGUGAAGAAGCUCACGCACAGCUCCAGCCUUUCCAACUCCUCCAUGCCUCGCUUCGGCGUGAAGACUGAACACGAAGAUGCAUUAGCCAGGGUAAAUGGAUGGAAAGGCAACCUACCAGAUGAGCUGGAAGACUUGAACAAGUGGGGCCUUAAUAUUUUUCGUCUGGCAGAAUUCUCUAAUAACCGACCCCUAAGCUGCAUAAUGUUUGCCAUCUUCCAGGAAAGAGAUCUACUGAAGACCUUUCGGAUCCCUGUGGAUACAUUUGUCACUUACGUAAUGACCCUGGAGGACCACUACCAUGCCAAUGUGGCCUACCACAACAGCCUCCAUGCUGCAGAUGUCACUCAGUCUACUCAUGUUCUGCUAUCCACACCAGCUCUAGAUGCUGUGUUCACUGAUCUAGAGAUACUGGCUGCAUUAUUUGCUGCUGCCAUCCAUGAUGUGGACCAUCCAGGGGUGUCCAACCAAUUCCUCAUAAACACCAACUCAGAGUUAGCCCUGAUGUAUAAUGAUGAGUCUGUGUUGGAGAACCAUCACCUAGCUGUGGGCUUCAAGCUGCUUCAUGAGGACAACUGUGACAUCUUCCAGAACCUCAGCAAGAGGCAGAGACAGAGCCUGAGGAAACUUGUCAUUGAUAUGGUUUUGGCAACAGAUAUGUCUAAACACAUGAGUUUGCUAGCAGACCUCAAGACUAUGGUAGAAACCAAGAAAGUCACAAGUUCUGGAGUACUGCUGCUCGACCACUAUACUGAUCGCAUACAGGUUUUAAGGAACAUGGUGCAUUGUGCUGAUCUGAGCAAUCCCACAAAACCUCUGGCUGUGUAUCGACAAUGGACAGAAAGAAUCAUGGAGGAGUUCUUCAGGCAGGGAGACAAGGAGAGGGAGCGAGGGAUGGAGAUCAGUCCCAUGUGUGAUAAACACACUGCUUCUGUGGAAAAGAGUCAGGUGGGCUUUAUUGACUACAUUGUCCACCCACUGUGGGAGACAUGGGGAGACCUGGUGCACCCUGAUGCCCAAGACAUCUUGGACACUCUAGAGGACAAUAGGGACUGGUACCAGAGCACUAUACCGCAAAGCCCCUCGCCACCUCCUGUGGGCCAGGGCAAGGAUCUAAAUGCCUGCAUUGACAAGUUUCAGUUUGAGCUCACCCUUGAAGACAGCUCUCUGAGAGAUCAGAGAGAUGAGGACGCCAAACCCAUGAAAAAUCAUCUGGCACAGGACUGUAGUCAUGGGGAGGGGGAGGAGGAUAAAAAGGAGGAAGAAGACAUUAUGGCAGAGGAGGACAUAAUAGAAGAAGAAGACGAGGUGGCAAUGGAAGAAGAGGAGAUGGAAGAGGAACAGGAGGCGCUGAAAGCUAGGUUGGAGGUGAGAUCUGAAAAGGAGAGACUUUCUGACACAAGUCCUGUAGAGGAAGAGGAGGAUUCUUCUUCACAAGCUGAAGAUACAUGAGUUCUGCUCCUGUAUCUCCCUUUUCACUUGCACACAUUAUCUUGUUCAUCCUUUCAGUGGCCAAACCAAGAACAAAUAAGACUACAACGACAAUACAGACCUUUAAAUAUAUUUUUCAAAAAGGGAAUAAAUUAAAAAUGCUUCAAGAGAAGUUACUUACACAGCAACUGUAGAUUUGGAGGAGUGACAAGUCCUUUGACUGCUUUAUAAUGAAUUUUAGACUGGCAGGAACUUAGAACAGCAUUGAUGAUGGGCAACUGAAAAUAGCGUAGCAGACUGGAAUGCAUACACAUAAACGCACACAAAGCAACACACAAACACAUAAGACACAACAGGAGUAAGUCAUGUAGAAUACAUCAAUGCAAUGUGUGCAUGCAUCAGUCAUGCAGUAUAAUUGCAGCCCAUAUUUACCCACUCCUUACACAUACACAUGCACAUGCACUUGAUUGUAUGUAUGUAUGUAUGAGUGCAUUUACAUGAGGGACACUGAUCAGUAAUGGGUCUCUUUGGAAAAAGCCAUCUCUUAAUGGAGUAUUACCUAGUGUUCUGUCAGUAUUAGUAAUUCAUGUUCCUUAGAAUCUCAACAGAAACUGUUCUCCUCGGAAAAGCUACAGUCCAAGUGACUUUUUUUCCAUUUCUGUCGGAAAGAAAACUAAGAAAAUCCACAGAGUUGGAGGAGGAACGAGGGAAAAUAUCAAAGGAAAGGAAGAUACUGCGAUGAAGGGGCCGCUGGGUCCCACACCCCUUUUCCCUUUAUGAGGAGAGUGCUACUGGUACAAGAUGGCUCUGUGCCUUUCUGAAACACCAGCUUCCUGAAUGGAGCUGUUGUGAAGCAAUGCAUUGUGGGACAGGAGUGUCUGAUCCUGUUAUCAUUUACGAUUGUCUCUUGUUAAAGAUCUCUCUUUACUGUUCAUGGUAUUGUGGUGUGUAUCUCACACAUAGAAUUUCUGUGGUGAUAUGUUUUAAGCUGUAAGUCUUCCUUUGUUGCUCUUCUGCUAAUAUAAUAACUCAGAACUCUAGAUGCAGAGCAAUCACUACCACCACAACCACCAGUGGACUCUUUCCAGUUUGUUUUUGUUUCUUUUAGAAGGAUCUUUUUUAAAUUUUCUGAGAAUAAGCCAUGUGAUGCUUUAAAGCAUAUGUUCUGCCUAUUUUCUAUUUAAUGGUUGCUAAAUAUGUUGAAGAAAUAAUUAUUUCAUCAAAAGAACAAAUUUUUACUCAUCUCGCACCCAUUUGCACUGUGUCUUUAUGUCUCUGCAUACACAACACUUCUCACCAAAGUAAAGGAUGAGAAACUUCAGUUGAUGAAGUGAUUUGAAGGUCCGGAUGAAUAAGAAAAUCAGGGAGGCUGAAUGCCGGGGGUAGACGCAUGAUAUGGCCAAUAGGAAGUGUGACAGUCCCUAAUCAUCCUUGUCAUGUUUGAUGCUUUUUUUGCCUUAAUGUCAGAUACAGGAUACAUACCUGCCAGUAUGUAGAUUUCUAAGAUAUAUAAUAGAUAUCCUAGGAUAUUUAUAUGAUGUCUGUAUGUUUAUUACUAUAUCAGUGUGUCUAUACACAGUGUAUCCAGCAUUGCAUUUUGAGGAGAAAGGAAAACAUUGUCAUCAAUUAGUCAUCAUGUUGUUACUGUGCUCAGACCAACACAAAGAAUGUGCUGUUUUUUUAAUCAGAAUGGUAAAAUCUUAUAGCUACCUGGAGACAUGCAGAAAAAAUAAGCAAUUGGAGUUAAGAUUUUGCAGGCAGUGGGAAUGAAUGAUGUUUUUUCAUGUCAUCAUGAAGAAGUUAAUGUGUGUGUGUGUGUGUGUGUGUGUGUGUGUGUGUGUGUGUGUGUGUGUGUGUGUGUGUGUGGUCGUGUUUGCCUGCAUUCUAA